AUGUGCUUAGGUUAGGAAUCAGAAUUUCCACCCUUAUAUGUUUGUAGAAGAAGAAAGAACUAACGAAUAUAUUAUAUGUGAGACGAAUUAAGAACCCAAGGUGAACAGAAAGACAAGGCGCCGCGUGAUUAGGGAGUAGCCAUCUGUAGCCAAAGGCCGUUUUUUAUAUCAAAGGCCGCCUUUCUUCACUGCCAACGCGAGACAGGCGCUCUCUCUUUGACGAACAAAGAAGAACAGCGAAGAAUUUACGGUUAAGAGAAAGAAAAACCAAAACACCCUUUUCCCACAACAUUGUUUUCUCUCCAAGCAAUCAAUUUGAGAGAAACCCAAGAAAUGUUCGUCGAUAUCUGAAGAACUAGCCGACCCACGUCCAUUUUCGUAUCCUUUUUUGCUUUUCUUCUUGUUGGUCUUCGAGAUUUACCUCGUCGGAACGACUCCAAUCGUUCUCGGCGACAUUAAUUGGUUUCCCGACUUCUUGGAAUCAUCAAUGCGUUCUUGAUUUUCUUUGCCCAUCUUGUUUGGUUGAUUCGCAUAAGGGAGGCCAUGAAUGCGAAUGGUUCGCGAUUUCAAUCGUUUGGUCAAACUGAGAUCAACUGGGACAAUAGUUGGAAGCCUGAAAGACACUAUUCUCUUCCUCCAAAGUGGAGCGGGAAGGGUGAUCGAAAACCCAAAAAAUGGCUGCCCUUGCAAGUGAGUAAGCGAAACUGUAACAAAUUCUUCAGCAUUAGACAAAGGAGAGUAGGAGACAGCCCCCACCCAGCAGCUUCCUCUUCAAAGAUUAUGAUGAAAAUUGGGGUAAUCUAAUUGGUUUUAGUUAUUCCAAGGUUUCGACCCUCCUCCAUCAGAAAGACUCAUUUGGCCUCGUGAACAUCCUUUGUGUGCUAUUUCUGACAAUUACCCAAUAGCUUGAUAAAGCAAAAUUUUAUGGCGUAGGAGCUGGCCUCUUCACUGGGAUUACUGUUGCACUGUACCCUGUUUCUGUUGUGAAAACAAGGAUGCAGGUCGCUGUAAAGGAUUCUGCCGAGAGAAAUGCCCUGUCUGUUAUCAAAGGCUUACUGAAGAAUGAUGGGGUUCCUGGUCUUUAUAGAGGGUUUGGCACAGUAAUCACUGGUGCAAUUCCUGCAAGGAUCAUCUUUCUUACUGCUUUAGAGACUACCAAAGUGGGAGCCUAUAAACUGGUUGAGCCAUUUAAAUUUUCUGAACCUACACAGGCUGCUUUGGCAAAUGGGUUAGCUGGCAUGACUGCAUCACUUUUUUCUCAAGCUGUUUUCGUUCCAAUUGAUGUGAUUAGUCAAAAGCUAAUGGUUCAAGGAUACUCCGGAAAUACAAGAUAUACUGGGGGUUUAGAUGUUGCUCGUAAACUGAUAAAGUCUAAUGGGAUUCGGGGACUGUAUAAAGGUUUUGGGUUAUCUGUUAUGACCUACUCUCCAUCUAGUGCUGUAUGGUGGGCAAGUUAUGGUGCAAGUCAACGCGUCAUCUGGAGGUUCUUAGGUCAAAACUCUGCUUCAGAGAAAUUUUCUCCCAGCCAUUCCCAACUUAUUUCAGUUCAAGCUGCGGGUGGAAUAAUUGCAGGUGCAACAGCUUCCUGCAUUACAACACCAUUGGACACUAUAAAGACUCGCUUACAGGUGAUGGGCGAUAAAGGGAAGACAGCUAGACAAAUUGUUGAAAGCUUAAUCGCUGAGGAUGGGUGGAAAGGUUUUUAUAGGGGGCUUGGUCCUCGGUUCUUCAGCAUGUCUGCCUGGGGAACAUCGAUGAUAUUGGCCUACGAGUACUUGAAGCGGUUGUGUGCAAAAGAUGAACAGACUUGACCUCAUCAAAGAUUUUAGAGCGGAAGCAACUUGUCAACUCUUUUUGUCCUCAAAACAAGGCUAGAAUUCACUUGAAGAUAGGUUAUUGCUGUUGAAGCAUUUGUGUAUUGACUACAGAGCAGAAUUUCAUUCCAUCUGAAAACCACAUUCAUUUUUAGGGAGUUGAUUUCGAAUAGCCCCUGAAUUUUUUAGACAUAUUUUAGUAUAUUUCAUCACAAUAAACUCAGUUCAUCAAAAAAGAGAAUGUAAGCUUAGUAUUCUCACGUUGUAUUUGAACUAACAAAUAUUAUUCUUGAUCAAUCAUUUCAGUACACUUACAAGGCUUUUGAAAUUUAA